UGUUCCUCCGACCGCUAACAGCACAAUCUGAGCACUGGGGGACACAGGACAGGACUCAUCAGGGCGGAGUGGAUGCAACCUCUGUGAAGUUACUCGUGUUCAAAGGAAGUUAGAGAUAAAACGCCGGUGAUAACGAUAUCUUUCCCUUUGGACUUUAGAAGUUGUUGUGAGGAGUUUUUCUAUUGAAUAUGUUGUAGAUAUAUUUGUGCAUUUAUGUAGAGUAUUGGGCCAUCUAUAAGCUAUUCAUUUUGCUCUAGCAAACAGAAGCAAGGCAGCUCAUGUUCCGUUUGACAGCGUUUCUAUGUGAUCUGGCCGCGGGGGUUCUCAUGAACCUCAGUCAUUUCCCUCGGCAAUGUUUUUCUCCCAUGGGCAAUGGAGGCAGAGCAACUGAUGCACGCUGUUGUGGUACACACCUUUGAUGCGUCUGUUAAUAUUUUUGUAGUCUCAAAACACUGUUUUUCUGUUAUCUUUUGAGGUGGGUUUCGUGGACAUCCACCAUUAUGCUAUUUUUCUAAGACUGCAGCGACUGGUAGGUGAAUGACUGACUUUAUAAGAAUUAUUUGUCAUAAUUUAUGUUCAGUGUGUUUAAUUUUACAUUUUAAACACAAAUAUACCUUGUUUUAGUACAAGUAAAAUAGCAACUUUUGGACAUCAAUCUACCGUUUCCAUCUAAAAUUCGGUGGAGUUUUUAGUCAAUCAUGACGGAAACAAUGGCAUUGAGUGGAAACUGUAGGACUAACCCUACGUCCAAAGACCAAGGAUCUGUUCAGAAUAGUUUCCCAGAUGUUGUAGAAUUAAACGUUGGGGGACAGGUAUAUUACACACGUCAUGCUACGUUAGUAAGCACCCCGAAUUCCUUGCUGGGAAAAAUAUUCUCACCCAAGAAAGAUGCCACUAACGACUUGGCGCGGGACCCUAAGGGACGCUAUUUUAUCGACAGAGAUGGAUUUCUAUUUCGAUAUGUUCUGGACUUCCUCAGAGACAAACAAGUUGUACUGCCCGACCAUUUUCCAGAGAAGGGGAGGCUUAGGAAAGAGGCGGAGUACUUUCAGUUGUCAGACAUGGUCAAACUAUUGACCCCCGAAGAUUUAAAACACAGUCCAGACGAAUACUUCCACAGUGAUUUUGAAGAUGGUUCUCAUGGCAGCGACCACAAGAUGUGUCCGCCGUCAUCACUGGUCCCGGCGGACAGAAAAAGUGGGUUCAUUACAGUUGGUUACAGGGGCUCUUGCACAGUGGGCAGAGAGAGUCAAACUGACGCCAAAUUCAGAAGGGUCCCGCGGAUUUUGAUUUGUGGGAGGGUCGCGUUAGCCAAAGAAGUUUUUGGCGAGACCUUGAAUGAGAGUCGAGACCCAGACAGGACACCGGAUCGAUAUACUUCCAGGUUUUACCUGAAGUUCAAACACCUUGAGAGAUCAUUUGACAUCCUGUCAGAGUGUGGUUUCCAGAUGGUUGCCUGUAACUCUUCAGUCACAGCGUCCUCCGUGAAUCGACACACAGAGGACAAGAUCUGGUCAAGUUACACUGAAUACAUCUUCUAUCGUGGCACCUCUCGGUGGUCUUCCCCGCCCUGCGACUGCUGCUGCAAGAACCACAAGGGAGAGGGCGAGAGCGGCACCUCCUUCAACGAGCUCUCCACCUCAAGCUCCGAGAGCCAGUCAGAGGCCAGCUCACCCCACGGCACCGUUAUCUGUGGGCCGGUGAGCCAGCAGUCCCACGUCCAUGUCCAGACCCUGGACCGGCCGCUGAAGAAGGGCCCGGUGCAGAUGCUGCAGCAGUCAGAGCAGCGCAGGAAGAGUGAUCUCCUCCGAACACUCACUGCCAGCUCCCGAGAUACCAGCACCUGCAAGAAGAGGCCGGCCAAGGAGAAGAUGACCAUUGAGGAGGAGCUGGAGAAGUGCAUCCAGGACUUCCGCAAGAUCAAGAUCCCUGAGCGCUUCCCGGAGAGGAAGUACAUGUGGCAGGCAGAUCUACUAAGGAAGUACCGUCUCUGAGAGGGAUCCAGUUAAAACACUUAGGCAUCACAGAGACAGCAAAAAAACAGGCAUAAAACCAUGACUGUUUAGCUAACUGUAUGUGUGUAUAUAUGUAUUGGCACCCUUCCAAUUUACUUGAAUAAUUCCCUAUUUCUCCACACCUUGUUAUUGGGUUUUCAACAUUGCAGAACUUAAGUUAAUUAACUUACAAUUUAAAUGUACAUUUAUUGGCACCCUUGAGCUACUACUUCGUUGCACACCCUUUGGCCAAGAUAGCUGCCAACAAAUGCUUCUUGUAGCCAUCAAUGGGCUUGCUGCACCUUUCUACUUCAACAUUUUUGGACACUGGGUUGAACUUUGUACUCCAUCUGCUGAUUUCACAAUGUCUUGCAUACAUUCAACGUCCCCAGAGGCAGCAAAGUAACCCACAGCAUUAUCGAACCUGCCCCAUGAUUGAUCGUAAGGAGGGUGUUAUUUUCUUUAAAUGCUUCAUUUAGUCAUUGGUAAACAUAGGAAGACCCCACUGCUGAAGGAGACACAAAAAAGCCUGUUGAACUUCUCAAAAUAACUACCGAAACAAGCUUAAAUCCUGGGGAAAAUGUUCUGUGGACCAAUGAAACUAAAUUUGAGCUUUAGCAAAACAGAAGAGCGCUGUGUUUACUGAUGACAAAAUGAAAAAUUCAAUGAAAGACCCUCCCCUACAAUCAAAUAUGGGGGAAGUUUGAUAAUGCUGUGGGGUUCCUUUCCUGCCUCUAAUACUGGAGUCCUUGUUAUGCGCAAGGCAUCAAUAAAUCUUCAGAUGAUCAGGGGAUUUGGAGUCCAAUGUUCAACCCAGUGUCCAAACUGGGUCCCCAUUGAAGGUUGUGGAUCUUCCUGCAAGACAAUGACCCCAAACACACAUCAAAAAUCACCCAGGAAUGGCUCAAGAAGAGAUUCUUGACUGUUCUGGAGUAGCCAGCGAAGUCCAAAUCUAAGUCACAUUGAAAACCGAUGGUGAGAUCUGAAAACAGCAAUUGGUGGAGGCCACCCCUCAGAAAUGUAAGAACCACAGCAGUUUGCUUCUGAAAAGUGGGCCAAAUUGCCAGGAGAAAGUUGCAGCAAGCUCAAUGACGGUACAGGAAGUGUUUGUCUGCAGCUUUCUUGAUCAAAGACUUUGCAACCAAGUACUAGCUCCAGGGUGCCAAUCAUUUUGUCCAUGCCAUUUGUCUUUAUUUUCUCAAUUAAAAUUGUAAACAUAAGUUUACAAAAAAAAAAUGGUUUUGUUUGUGUUGAAAAUCCAACAACUUAUUUUAGAAUUAUUUAAGAAAGGUCCACGGGUGCCAAUAUAUUUGGUCGCAACUGUAUGUAUGUAUGUAUGUAUGUAUGUAUGUAUGUAUGUAUGUAUGUAUUGAUGCUCAUCGCCACUGCCUCAGUGUCUACUGUAUGUCUUAUGCUUUAGGUUCUGGAUGACUGAUCUCAAUGGAAUAAUGGCAAUGGACAAAAGACAUCUCUUUCUUCACCAACUGCUUCCUGUAUGCUCAAAGGGUAUAUCUGACUGCACAGUUUUAUCCACAAUCUUUUGAAAGCACUAAAGAGCACAAUUGGUGUGUGAGAGAUUGUUCUACACACACUGCUGAUUUUUGCAUGCAGAUUGCACAGAAAUCGAAGAUACGUGUGUAUCAGAAUGAUAAAUGAUUCAUGCUGUCCCGAUAAUGCACUUUCUAAAAAUACCUGCUGCCAGAGCGGAGGGGAUGAAUAGCUUCUUUGAUUUCAACACUUUCAGGAACGCAGGCAACUCCAGAGGAAGUAUGGGCUUUUUUUGGGGGGGGAAUUUGAAAAACACCGAAAGAUACUGUAUAUCAAAACAGCUUUCAGAUGGAAAUGGGAAGGGAUACAGAUGAAGGUGUUCCUUAAGGGGUGAUGAAGGAUGGGUUUGUUUUAAUGAGAUUGAAGUCAAACACAAAGAAACACCAAUGACUGAAAAGAGGGAGUAGUCCUGUGCAAGUGCUUUCCCCAAAAGGUUAACUACAGUUACAGCAGGUGUUCACACACACACACACACACACACACACACACACACACACACACACACACACACACACACACACACACACACACACACACACACACACAGAGAGAUAGAUCAGGGGCUUAUUUCAACAAUGAAUGUGUGACAUGAGUGCACAGGAGAGCAGACAGGAUAGCAUUGCUGAACAUCCCAUGACAGAUUGAUGUUUUCUAUCGUAGUUGUUGCCAUUGUGGUCAAUAGAUAAUGAUUAUUAGGUGCUGGGGUACAUGGACAAGGGUAAUAGACAUGGUUGAUGACAUCCCUGCAGAUAUUGAUGAGACUUGUAGGUUAUUGAUGAAUAUACGCUGCUCUUGUUUUCACUGAAUACCACAUCUAAAUAUUGUUUGUUUUCUGUAUCCUUACAUGCCUUGGUGAGGAUCAAAGUACA